AUGGGGUGCUCAUCGAGCAAACAGGCCAAGCGGAUCAAGGCCCGCACGGCGCUCGAGAGCCACAAGCCUACUAAGGUUGAAGCGGGCGAAGCUGCAGCGACGGGCAAGGCGGUCGAGGCGGUCGAAGAGACGGCAGCAGCGGAUAAGGCAGCAGAAGCGGCCGAAGAAGAAGGAGAAGCAGAGGCAGGCGAGAUGGAGCAGGCGGCGGCGGCGCUCUCGACGAUCGAGGAAGACGAGGCGCCGAGCGGGAAGGUGACGAUAGACCGGCGGGGCCUCAUCGCUUACGGCGCUGACAAGAUGCGCGGCCACGCAGCGCUGGGAACGUUUCUCCACCCGGGCAGCUCGCUGGAGAUACACUACGAGGUGGUGCGCAACGCGGUGUGGGACCCGUUCCACAACCGCUUCAUCGACGGAAGCUUUGCAAAGCUCAUGUGGAGGCGGCCCGGCGAGUGCGAGCUCUUCGCCUUGUACAAGAGCGCGCGCGCGACGACGUACUGCCAGCCGAGCGGGACGAGCUUCUCGCCCACCGAGCGCGGGACGCUCCUGCGCGUGCUGCUGGACGAGGUGACGAGUGCAGUGGAGAAGCGCCAUGGCAAGGAGUGGCGCGACAAGUUGCUGGAGGAGAUGCGGGGGCGGGAGAGGAGGCGGGAGAGGAUGCGGGCGCCCCCGCCGUACAGCGAUAGAUAG